AAUCUUGUUCAUACUGGUGAUAAGCCUUAUUCUUGUAGUAUAUGCAAUAAGAGUUUUUCACGAAAAGCUAAUCUCACUCGACACAAUCGUGUUCAUACUGGUGAGAAGCCUUAUUCUUGUAGUAUAUGUGAUAAAAAAUUUUCAGAAAGAAGGAAUCUGAAUGAACACUGUCAUAUUCAUACUGGUGAGAAGCCUUAUUCUUGUAGUAUAUGUAAUAAAAGUUUUUCACGAAAAAGACAUCUCACUGCACACUGUUGUGUUCAUGUUGGUGAGAAGGCUUAUUCUUGUAGUAUAUGUAAUAAAAGUUUUUCACAAAAAGGUAAUCUCACUACACACUGUCAUAUUCAUACUGGUGAGAAGCCUUAUUCUUGUAGUAUAUGUAAUAAAAGUUUUUCACAAAAAGGUAAUCUUACUGCACACAGUCGUGUUCACACUGGUGAGAAGCCUUAUUCUUGUAGUAUAUGUAAUAAGAGUUUUUCACAAAAAGCUAAUCUCACUCGACACAAUCGUGUUCAUAUUGGGUGAGAAGCCUUAUUUAUGUAGUAUAUGAAAUAAGAGUUUCACAGAAAGAGUGAGAAGCCUUGUUCUUUUAUCAUAUGUUAUAAAAAUUUUACACAAAAAUUUUGUCUGACAAAACACAAUCAUGCUCAUGCUGGUGAGAAACAUUAUUCUUGUAAUAUAUGUAAAUAUGUAACAAGAGUUUUUUGGUAGUUUGACUCACCAUAGUGGUAAGAAACCUUACUCUUGUACUAUAUGUAAUAAAGCUUUUUCAAGAAAGAA